AUGGAAGCUUCUCAUGUUUUCUUGCGGCAAUCAAAUGAGGUCAUUGCUUGUGAAGGAGAUGUCCACUAUCUUGCUGACGCAGAUUUGUUUGUCCUUAAUCUGACAAUGUCUUUCAAUGGGGUUAUGGGGCAGACCGGUACAGUCCUAGUUAAUGUAGGAGUGGUUCUAGACAUGGAUACAUGGAUGGGGAAAAUAGGGUUGAGAUUUAUCUCUAUAGCACUCUUGGACUUCUAUUCCUCUCAUGGUUCCUACAAGACUAGGCUGGUUCUAAAUACCAGGGACUCCAAAAACGACGUUGUUGGCGCAGCUGCAGCAGCUCUAGACCUAUUCAAAAAUGUUGAAGUUCUAGCCAUAAUAGGGCCACAGACGUCCACACAGGCCCACUUUGUAUCAGCUCUUGGAGAAAAAGCUCAUGUUCCCAUAAUUUCAUUUUCUGCAACAAGCCCUUCCCUCUCACCGAUUCAAAGUACAUAUUUCACUCGUGCCACACCAAGUGACUCAUCUCAAGUAAAAGCCAUAACUGCAAUUGUUCAAGCCUUUGGAUGGAGAGAAGUUGUACCCAUAUACAUAGAUAAUGACUUUGGACGAGGAAUCAUACCAUAUUUGAUCGAUGCCUUGCAAGAGAUUCACACUCGGGUAACUUACAAGAGCGCCAUUCCACCAUUGGCCACAGAUGAACAAAUUGUUGCAGAACUUCAGAAAUUUAUGACAAUGCAAACUAGAGUUUUCAUUGUGCACAUGUUGCCCUCCCUUGGCUCUCGGUUCUUUACCAAAGCAAAAGAGAUUGGAGUACUUAGUGAAGGAUACGUCUGGAUCAUAACCAAUGGCUUAACUAAUGACUUGAGUUCAUUGGAUCCUUUGGUCAUUGAUUCCAUGCAAGGAGUAAUAGGUGUAAAGCCUUAUGUCCCCCAAACGGAAGAGCUCAAAAAAUUCAGCAUUCGAUGGAAAAGGACAUUUCAACUGGAAAAUUCGGUUGUACCUAUGGUUGAGUUGAAUGUUUAUGGACUAUGGGCAUACGAUGCUACCAAGGCACUAGCCAUAGCGAUUGAAAAAGUAGGGGCUACAGAUACUAGCUUUGAUAAGGCAAAUGCAGUUGGAAAUCUGACAGACCUUGAAGCAUUUGGAGUUUCUAAACAUGGUCUGAAACUUAUUCACGCACUACGAAGUACAACAUUUAAAGGACUUAGUGGUCCUUUCAAGAUAGUUGAUGGCCAACUACAAUCAUUAGUUUAUCAGAUAGUUAAUGUGAUUGGCAAAGGGGAAAGAGUGGUCGGAUACUGGACAGAAGAAAAAGGAAUUCUUAGGGAAUUGAAUUCCAAAAAUACAAACACAGAUUCCAUUGUGAAUGCCAAUUUUAAAGCUAUCAUAUGGCCAGGUGAUAUUGCAUCUCCUCCAAAGGGCUGGGCGAUUCCGACAAAUGACAUAAAGCUAAGAAUUGGAGUCCCAGUGAAGGAUCGUUUCCAAGAAUUUGUAAUGGUAUCCCAAGAUCCUAGCACUAACAAGUCGACAGUUUCGGGAUACUGCAUAGAAGUCUUUGAAGCUGUAAUGGCCGCAUUACCAUAUCAUAUUCCUUAUGAAUAUAUACCUUUUGCAAAUCCUGAUGGUAAGAUGGCUGGUACAUACAAUGACUUGGUGUAUCAAGUGUAUCUCGGGAAGUAUGACGCUGUGGCUGGAGAUGUUACUAUCAUAGCAAACAGGUCCCAAUAUGUGGAUUUUACUCUACCGUACACCGAGUCUGGCAUAUCAAUGAUUGUACCAAUAAAGGAUAAAAAGAACAAGGAUCCAUGGGUGUUCUUCAAGCCAUUUACUUGGAAACUUUGGGUUACAAUCUUUUGUUCAUUUGUUUUCAUUGGUUUUGUGAUAUGGGUCCUAGAACAUCCAAUAAACGAAGAUUUUAGGGGCCAAUCUUCACACCGUAUUGGCAUGAUGUUCUGGUUCUCCUUCUCAACCAUGCUUUCAAUAGAGGAGCAUGUAUUGAGCAACUUAUCAAGGUUCGUGGUGAUUAUUUGGAUGAUCGUGUUGAUAAUACUGAACCAAGGUUACACGGCAAGUCUGACCACUAGAUUGACGGUUCAACAGCUCCAGCCAACUAUUAUUGAUGCAAAAGAGCUUUUAAGGAAAGGAGAGUAUGUUGGUUACCACAACGGCUCUUUCAUUUUACAAUUCUUGCAGCGGAUGAACUUUGACGAGUCCAAGAUUAGAACAUUCAACACUCCAGACGAAUGUGAUGACCUCCUUUCUAAAGGGAGUGAAAAUGGUGGUAUUGCAGCUGCUUUUGAUGAAACACCAUAUGCAAAGCUUUUCCUUAAAAAAUAUUGCUCAAAAUAUACCACAGUGGAACCAACAUAUAUGACGGAUGGAUUUGCCUUUGUCUUCCCAAUAGGCUCCCCUCUAGUCCCUGAUAUUUCAAGAGCAGUGUUAAAUGUGACAGAGGGUGAUAAAAUGCUAGAAAUUGAGAAGAAGUGGUUGGAGAAACAAGCCAAUUGUCCAAACCCUAGUGACUUGGCUUCUACAAAUAGCCUCGGCCUUGAGAGCUUUUGGUUCCCAUUUUUUUUUAUUGCGUUUGUUUCUAUUUCAGCUCUAAUCGUAUUUUUGGCUACGUUCCUACAUAAGCAUCGGGAUGUGUUCACGUGCUCUGAUCCUGAAACAUCAUGGUGGGAAAAAUUUGUGGAGUUGGCUAAACGCUUUGGCAUUAGAAAAGACGAAGAACAAAAAGCAAAUGGUGUUGUUGGUACGAAUAGUGUGGAUGCAGUGGAAGCCUUGUCAAAUGCAAGCUGCCCACAAAGUCCAUCAAGAAUGUCACUUGACACCUCAUUGAAUACCAAUGGUAUCCCAAGUCAGGCAAGCUCUUCAAACCAUACAGAGAUAAACCUUGUUGUUCACCAAGAUCACCAAGGAAGUCCACACGAGAAUGCGCAUGGAGAAACUGCCCGAGAAAUAGUGCCAACUAUCAAGCUUGAUAGUCAAACUCAAGAUAAACAAGAGCCCCUAGAGCCUGGAAACGUAAGCCACUGA